AAGAACGGCAAUCAGUGUGAGAGAUAUCAGCAUUGUUUUCAUGUGGGAUGUUGCAAUACAACCUACAUCUGGAAUGGUGCUGAAUACUUCUGGAGGUGCAGAAACAGCCCUAGAGAGAUGUUACAUAAAAAGCCAUUUUCAGGACUUACAGCAGUUUCUUCCUGUAUUUAGAUGUGGAGAAUGUGGGAAAUCGUACAGGCAUCAGAAAAGCUUAUCAAGGCACAAGAGACUGGAAUGUGGAAAGCAACCUUCAUUCUUUUGUCCUAGUUGUUCUUAUGUUACAAGCCAAAGAUCUAAUCUCCUGAGACAUAUACAUUCUUUACAUGCAAAUAACUGAGUUUAUACUACUUUAUAUUAUGCAGCUGUAUAUGUAUGUGUAAAAGAGAGCAUGUUUAUGUUCACAUGUGCGCAAAUUUGUGCUUGCAGUGUUUUCAUUAUCCAGUUAUCAAUUUUACCACAUGUUAAUGAUAAAAAAAGUUUUUAUGUGGAAUAAGUGUCCAUUAUUUCAAUAUAUGGGGUAAAUCAGAACUUCACUGACAAACUUUCAGAGAUUGCUCAGGGACACCUUAUGAAUAUUUUGGAAUAAAGGACCCAAAGCUUGCUGCAGAGUAAUAAUGAAAUUAUGAUUUAUUCAAUUUGUUGCCACAAUCCUGUAGCACUGAAUACUCAAAAUGGAAAAUACACAAUUCGGAGUAAUGCAACAACCUCCAAAUGUGAGGCGAUUUUUGUCACAGUGGGAUCAGCUCAGCAUAGUGUGUUGUGCCCCUCUUCCACUACACUCAGUGAACACAUAAUGUAUAUUGGCCAAAUCUUCAACAAUAAACCUGUCCAUACUGCUUUAUAUCACUGUUAACAUAUGACUGACACUGCAGGUAAACAAACCUGAGACAGAACCAUGCAGUAUGGAAUGUGAGCUUGAGGGCAAAGAGCCAAGCAAGCAUUAUUGUUGUGAACAGCAAGUACUGUGACUGAAUGGAACAAGCUCAUUUCCAAACAAGAGACACAGUGCAUACCAUCAAUAUUUGCACUGUUGUGCACUGUUUUCUGUGUAAUAAAGAAACAAGGCUAAUUGCAGAAAGAUGCCAAAUGAAAUGUGAUUAACUCUGUAAUGAGCCACCCUAAAACCAUAGGCCCCUUGUACCAAAACAUUCAGAUGAUAUCCCUGAAAACCAUCUGAAACUUUGUCAGUGAAGUUUUGGUUCACCGUAUUAUGGGUAAUAUUAUAGGUAGUUUUUGAUUUAAUAGAGAUACUUUAAAUAACUUUUUGUAUUAUUAUUAAGAUUGGUUGCCAUCAUUAGAGUGUUAAUAUUGUUGCAGUUCAAGUUACUUGCCUCUUACUGAAUGCAAACAUUUGACGUAGUACAAAUUGUUUAGAUAUGCAGAAUUACUGUAUAUGAUGAUGCAAUAAUAGAAGCAUUAUUUGGAAAUUGAUCAUGGAUUGUUUUUAUGGAGUAAAUCAUGU